ACCCAACCUCAAGACUAUCCGACAUGGGUAUCUCCCGCUCAUCUCGCCACAAACGCUCCGCGACGGGCGCCCAGCGUGCGCACUACCGCAAGAAGCGAAAGUUCGAGCUCGGUCGCCAGGCCGCCAACACCAAGCUCGGCCCUAAGCGUGUCCACUCCGUCCGUGUCCGCGGCGGGAACACCAAGUUCCGCGCUCUCCGUCUCGAAGGCGGUAACUUUGCAUGGGGCUCUGAGCAUGUCACGAAAAAGACGCGCAUCAUCGGUGUCGUCUACAACGCAUCGAACAACGAGUUGGUUCGCACGAACACCCUCGUGAAGGGCGCUAUCAUCCAGGUCGAUGCUACUCCCUUCAGGCAAUGGUACGAGUCGCACUACGCCACACCCGUAUCAAAGAAGGCAUUGAAGGCAUUGCCCACGGAGGCCAAGGAGGGCGAGGAGAAAAAGCUGUCGAACCACGCACAGCGGAACCUCGACGCGAGGAAGAAGGAGUCGAAGAUUGACCCCAUGCUCGAGAGCCAGUUUGGUGCUGGUCGGUUGUACGCUGUCAUCUCGAGUCGUCCCGGCCAGUGCGGGCGCGCGGAUGGCUACAUUCUGGAGGGCAAGGAGCUCGAGUUCUACCUUAGGAAGCUGCGCAGCGGCAAGCAGAAGCACGCACACGGCGCAUGAGGAUAGGUUGAGCGUGUUGUUGCAUUCUAGUGUAGUAUUCGAGUGGUGGGGUAUCCGGCAUAGGAUUCAUGAUUGAACGCCCUACUAUUGCAUUUCUUUCCUUUCUCGCUUUUAUUGUAUGAGACCCAUGCACAUGCCGCCCUGAGAAAUCUAUGAGAGUCGCGACCGA